AUGGGCUUGAGCACUCCUCAGCCCGGACGAACGCUUCUCGAUCACCCCAAGGACUUGGAACACCUUGCGACGCAUCUCAAUUUGAAGGAAUUCGGGGUUCUGGGCGUAUCUGGAGGCGGUCCCUAUGCACUGGCCUGCGCCACUACGAUGCCUAGCGAGAAGCUCAAAUGCGUGUCCAUUGUUUGCGGCAUCGGGCCGCCUGACAUUGGCAUGAGUGGAGCCGGAUGGUUCCACUGGGUCGGGUUCAACUACGGAUGGCGCUACGCCCCUCGACUCGCCGGAUGGUUCUUCCACCAGCAAGGGCGCUUCCAUCUAUCAGACGAUGAACGACUCCAACUUCAGCUCCAGGAUGCGGAGAAGAAGAAAGCAACGCUCCCGAGGCAAGAAGCCGAAAUCUGGUUAGACAGAGAAAUCGUAGGGCGAAUGGUCAUGACCAGUCGACAGUAUUUCGCCCAGGGAAUUGAUGGUGUAAGCCAUGAUGGUCACCUCGUUGGCACCGAGUUUGGAUUUCGUAUUGAGGAUAUUCGGUCUGAUCUGCCUGUGCGACUCUGGUACGGCAAGGAUGACACGUUCGUCCCUAUGAAUCAUGGAAUACAGAUUGCCAAGAGAUUGGGAAGCAGGGGCCAUCUCAGACUCGAAGAUGAUACGCAUGCCAGCAUAUUCUUUAAAUGGGGAAAGGAGGUUCUGGCGGACUUGGUCCGGAAAAUCUGA